GCAGCAAAUUAUGUAGAAUUCAAGCAUUGGAUAUCUCAGAAUUAACAUACCAGACGGAACAUUUUUCUUCAAGGCGUUACGAUUUUAAAGAUAUUUCCAAAGUUUCUGAAAUUCAAAGCAUUAAGGAUCUAAAAUGCUCCAUGUCCAACACAGCUGGUAUUGAAAAAUUGGCUGAACUAAUUAAUCUUGAAGAGUUGGAAAUUGUCGGAUAUGGAAGCCAUGUUCCUCUUUUUGAAAAACUGGCUGAAACUAAUAAAAUUCAAUACAUUUCUUGUGGGCAACUCUAUCCCGACGAGGCUUACCAGGUUUCCCGAAUAAGGUCACUAAAAAAGCUGGAGUGCCGAACUUCCGACAUGCUAAACUUUCAAUCCUAUUUAGAUCUAGCUGAGUCGAGUAUUAAAGAAUUCAUUUUUGACUCUGAGAGACACCCUCUGAAAGAAUUCAUUUCUGCGUUUUCUUUAAACGGUACUAGGCUUCAGCAUCUUCAAGUGAACAAAUUGGACUUACCACGAAUGCCUGACAUUGAUGAACUAAAAAAUCUACAUAGUUUGCGUGUACAAAAUUUUAAUUUGGAAUGUGCGCCAAUCCUGAAAAAGUUUCCAAACCUAAAUCACCUAGCUGUUGACCAAUUUUACAAGGAUGAAGUGCGUUUUUGUAUAAACUCAUUGAAUGAAGUGACACUCAAAUCAUUGCCAUCGAAUCUUCAAAAAUUAGAAUUUAAUUUCUGUAUCGGGUUUACUGAAUGUAAAUAUUUUGUUGAGCUUGAAAAACUGGAGUCCUUAAAAUGCUCGUUGCGAAAUGAACCGGGCAUAGAAAUUUUGGCAAAUAUAAAAACACUGAAAGUACUAAUUAUCGACGGAGCUGAAGGUCGUCUUAAUGAACUUUACCGUCGUUUUGCUCUUAAAAGUGAGUCAACGCUACAAGAACUGCACGCAUUAACCAGUUUGUGUUCUGAAGAGAUCCGUGAAAUAUCACGAAUUAAAUCGUUAUUAAAUUUAAACAUUUCGUGCGAAAUGGAAUGUGAUAUAUUACCAGAUAUAGGCAAACUACUAGAACUUAAAACAUUUUGCAUAGUUCGUUCGUUUUGGGAGAGAAAUAAUAUUGAAAGCGUGUUGCCGAUUAUUCAGUCCUGUCAAAAGCUCGAGUGCGUCACCAUGGAAGGAGAAUUAUUGGCUACAAACCUUGUUAGCAAAAUUAACGAAAUUCUGAAAUCGAUAAGGGAUCCUGCUCGUCAAGAACCUUUAAACCUUUGUCUAAUUGAACACUCUCCUUUCCCGGACUUUCAUGUGGACGCUAUUGAUGAGGUAUAUUUAAACGUCUCCUAUUCAUACAAUACCUUCGACAGCGGUUAUUGUGUUGAAUUUUAUCCUCAAAGAAGGCGUUAUACCGAAAACUCUCAAGCCUUUAGUUAUACGGACGAAAAAGAAGAUGACGAGUUUUAGAUAUUGGGUAAGGGAUUUGAAGAUUCCUUAAAAAUCACUCAAACUCAUGUAAAAUUCAAAUAUUAGAAAAGAAAUGUUUGCUGGAAACCAAAAUG